AAAAAAAGCCAGACAAGGGGAAGGAAUCCAUUCCAUUGCGACAAGAAUGAGACAAUUUCGGAGUAACAAGCACUAUGAAAAAGUGCUAGGACAGCCACGGGCACCGGGUGCUGAGCUAAUGGAUGCCUGUAAACUAACGACCCAAGCUUGCCUCCCGAUUCCUGUCCCGAGGUGGCGGCUCGAAGCGCGCCUCCCGGGACUGCGGUGCCUUUAAGGCGCGGCGCGUGUCCUCCUGGGGAUUGUAGUCCGUGGAGGGAAAAGGCCAAUUGCAACGCGGCCAGGCCACAGCCCCUGGCCCCUCGCGGUGCCUGACUACCACUCCCGACGGGCCCCGCGGCUCCGGACUACCAAUCCCGAAGGGCCCCGCGGUGCUUGACUACCGCCCGCGACGCUCCGGCUGUGCCAAAUUCGCGAAGGCGCGCUCCGCGGGGGAUUGGGAAGAUGCUGGUUGCGGAGGCCGCCGAGCGGAACAAGGAGCCCAUCCUGCAGGUGUUGCGGCAGUACGUGGACUCAGCCCAGCGCGGCGUCCGAGUGCUGGAAGUGGCCUCGGGCUCGGGCCAGCACACAGCCCACUUCGCGCGAGCCUUCCCCUAUGCGGAGUGGCAGCCGUCCGACGUGGACCAGCGCUGCCUGGACAGCAUCUUGGCCACCACUCAGGCCCACGGGCUGCCCAACGUGAAGGCCCCGAUGUAUCUGGACGUGACCUGGGAUUGGAAGCAGUGGGGCGGGAUCUUGCCGCAGUCGCUGGACCUGCUGCUCUGCAUCAACAUGAGCCACAUCAGCCCCCUGAGUUGCACCGAGGGCCUGUUCAGAGCAGCAGGACACCUGCUCAAACCCAAGGCUGUGCUCAUCACCUAUGGGCCCUAUGCCGUCAAUGGGAAGAUUUCUCCCCAAAGUAAUGUGGAUUUUGACCUGAUUCUCAGAUGCAGGAACCCUGAAUGGGGGCUGCGGGACACCUCCCUUCUCAAGGACCUGGGCCAGGCCAGUGGCCUGCUCCUGGAGAGGAUGGUGGACAUGCCAGCCAACAACAAGUGCCUAAUUUUCCGGAAACAGUAACUCCCUCUUCCGCGAUGCCUGUGUCCCUGGACAAAGCUCCUGCCGCCCUGGGCCAGACUGUGGGGCAUGGCCCUCCCCAGACUGGGGAUUCUUGACCAGUGGCCAACAGGGCUGCUGAGAACCUAAGAAUAAAGCCUUUCCUGCUGCCCCAC